GCGCCCCGCACCGCGCCGCGGACGGUGCUGCGGAGCCGCGGCCGCCGCGCCGGUUCCCGCUACCCAGCCCCCCCUUCCCCCGCUGCUUCUUCCCUCCUCGCUCCAUCUCCGCCCGCCUCCGCCUCCUCGCCCUCCUCCUUGCCCGCGGGGUACGGGAGCCGGUGACGGGAGCGAGGCGGAGUCUGGAGGGAAGAUACCGAGAGAUAGAGAUUUAAAUCACAUCCCCGGCUGUAGAAGGGCAGCAGCAGCAGCAGCCCCGGCGCAGAGGCACGGACGCGAGCGCCGAGAUAAGGUCUUGCCGGCUCCGCCGCUGCUGCUGCUGCUCACCAUGGGUGCCGCCGCCGCCGAGCCCCCCCGCGCCAUGGGCCUGGUGUCCAGCGUGGUGAACGACACCCUCGAGUUCUACCGCUGGACCUGGAGCAUCCGAGACAAACGUGUUGAUGACUGGCCCUUGAUGCAGUCUCCAUUUCCAACCCUGACUAUAAGCACUAUUUAUCUCCUCACUGUAUGGCUGGGCCCCAAAUGGAUGAAGACAAGAGAGCCCUUCCAGUUACGUUUCCUGUUGGUUGUUUACAACUUUGGAAUGGUUCUACUCAACUUCUUCAUUUUCAAAGAGCUGUUUUUGUCAUCAAGAGCUCGAGGGUACAGCUAUGUCUGCCAGACUGUGGAUUAUUCAGAUAAUGUUUAUGAAGUUAGGAUAGCUGCUGCUUUAUGGUGGUAUUAUGUCUCUAAAGGAAUUGAAUAUUUGGAUACUGUAUUCUUCAUCCUGAGGAAGAAAUUCAACCAAAUCAGUUUCCUUCAUGUCUAUCACCAUUUCACCAUGUUCACCUUGUGGUGGAUUGGUAUUAAGUGGGUUGCAGGUGGACAAGCUUUCUUCGGCGCUCAGAUGAACUCGUUUAUUCAUGUCAUCAUGUACAUGUAUUAUGGAUUAGCUGCCUGUGGCCCUAAAUUUCAGAAGUACCUGUGGUGGAAACGAUACUUGACCAUAUUGCAGUUGGUGCAGUUCCAUGUGACUAUUGGCCACACAGCCUUGUCUAUUUAUAUUGAUUGUCCUUUCCCUAAAUGGAUGCACUGGGGUGUCAUUUUCUACGCUGUCACCUUCAUCUUCCUGUUUGGGAACUUCUACUAUCGGACAUAUAAGCUGCCCAAGGAGCCCAUCAAGAACGGCAAGAUAGCAAACGGUGCUGUGGCAAACGGAGUGAGCAGGCCAGAAAAUACUGCAGCAGUGGAAAAUGGAAAGAAGCAGAAAAAGGGAAAAGCAAAAGGAGAGUAACUUGAUCCAGGCCUUAACCAUUGUGGGCAGUGAGGAACCU